AUGCUACCCAAGUUACUAACAACAUCAUUAUUUUUGUUUCUUGUUUUAUUUUCAUCAAAUUUGAAGUUUAAACUAUUUGCUGAUGCGGCCACUGAGGACAGUACCGACAGUAAAACACCACCAGUUACGGUCAAGGGGAACGCAUUUUGGAUUACUAACACCUCUUCCUCAACCAACACCACUAGAUUUUAUAUAAGAGGUGUUGACUAUCAACCGGGUGGAUCCUCUAAUUUAACUGAUCCAUUAGCGGAUGAAGAUGCAUGCGCCCGUGAUGUCAAAUAUUUCGAGGAAUUAGGUAUAAACACAGUAAGGGUUUACACCAUAGAUAAUUCCGAGUCACAUGAUUCUUGUAUGAAGAUAUUACAGGAACAUGGUAUCUACUUGAUCUUAGAUGUUAAUACACCAACUUCAGCUAUUGACAGAGAUAAUCCCAAAUGUUCAUAUAAUGCAGACUACUUGCAGAAUGUUUUUGCUACUAUUGAUGAAUUUGCCAAGUUUGACAAUGUUUUGGGAUUUUUUGCUGGGAAUGAAGUUAUCAAUAACAGCACCAACACUUAUACAGCACCAUAUGUGAAAGCAGUUGUCAGAGAUAUGAAAAAAUACCUCAAGGCUAGAAAUUAUAGACAGAUUCCAGUUGGGUAUUCUGCUGCCGAUGUAAGUAGCAAUAGGUUAUUAACUGCCGAGUAUUUUAAUUGUGGUAAUGAUUCAGACGCUAGAAUCGAUAUGUUUGGUGUGAAUGAUUAUUCGUGGUGUGGUGAUAGUUCAUUUACUCUUUCUGGGUAUAGUCAAAAAGUGGAAUUAUACAAGGGUUAUUCUGUUCCUAUAUUUUUAAGUGAAUUUGGUUGCAAUGAAGUUGUCAGCUCAAGACCAUUUACUGAAGUGCAAGCUAUAUAUUCGGACAAAAUGAGUGGCGUUUUCAGCGGUGGUCUAGUUUACGAGUAUACUAACGAAACCAAUAACUACGGAUUGGUUCAAAUAGAUCCAGACAAUAGUACCAAUGUCACCAUUUUACAGGAUUUUACUAAUUUACAGAAGCAAUAUGCUAGUGUCGAAAAUCCUAGUGGUGAUGGUGGGUACAGUGAUAGUUACAAUUAUUCUACUUGUCCAAGCUAUGAAGAAGGUACAUGGGAAGUGAACAUUACUAUUCCUGAGAUGCCAACCGCUGCUAGUAUUUACUUUAAAUCAGGGGCAGGUCAAGCGUAUGGUACUGGUCUAUCCACAGAAUCUGAUUGCGUAGAUGAUGAUGAUUAUGAUGAUAGUAGUAGUAGUAGUAUGAUUAGUGCUUCAUCAAGCACCGUUCACACAAAUACUAGUAGUAUUAUUAGUGCUAGUAGUAGCAGUAUCAUCAAUAAGAGUAAUAGUACAAGUAAAAGUAACAGUACAAUUACUACACACGCUAGCAUUACAAGUAACAGUACAAUUAUCACACGCAAUAGCAGUACAAGUAACACUACAAUUACUAAGCAUGGUAGCAGCACUAUUGUUAAUACGAAAUCUAUUACUGAUUCGAUCAUUUCAUCUAACUCAGCUGAUAAAGAUGCAUCUGCUACUGCAUCUAGUUCCAUUUUGAGUUCAAAUUCUGAUAGUUCUGGCAGUUCUACUGGCACAGCUAAGUCCAAAGCUUUAGCUAGUCAUAAUAUUGAAUUACCUAUGAUUAUACAAGCUAUUUGCUCACUAUUAAAUAUAUUUAUAAUUUGA